CAGCCUUCUUGUAAUGAAGUGUUUCUUUUUCUACACACAGAGUGGAUGAAUACAGCUGAAGAGAGAGGAUAGUAAGAGGCUAUGCAAUAUUGGAUCUUGUUGACUCAGCCAGCACAAUGUGGAAGCUUCCCUGUCUAAUGCAGUUAAAGUUACCUUGAAGAGGACAAGCCAUUAGAGGAAUGGCAAUAUCUAAGAAUGGCUUCACCAUAUUUUCCCUUCUAUUGACAUUAACUAUUUUGGAAACAAGGAACUUCAUUGAAUGUUCAAGUCCGGUUUUACUGGUACCCUAUGGAGAAGAACACUUUCUACCUCACACCAGGGAGAAAAGGAGUGCGCUGUUGGCUCCGGUUGAGUACGAAGUGGAUGUGGAGCUGAAUGUUACCAAUAUCGAGACGGUGGACUACCUUAGGAGCCUCCUGGACAACGGCGCCUUUACCCUGGCCUUGGGUCCCACUGUGAAUGUCACAGACAUUCACAUCACCACAGUGUGUUAUCCAAAUGGUACCAGUUUCCAGUGCAGAUGUGAGGACCAGUAUGUUUGGUCACAUAGUAACUGUCUUACAUAUGGGGCAUGUGAUGAGAUCACUGACGAAACAUGUGGGUGUAUCAACAGUAUUCCUACCAAUGGACAAUACUGCCAGCCAAAGAAAGUACUUCCAGUUGUGUAUGAAUACCAGAUUUCCAUUGAGGUGAACACCACAGACAUAGAUCAACUGAGAAAAUCCCUGACAAUAAUAACUUUCCCCGUCCAAAUCAGCAGCCAAAUGACCAUCUUAGAUGCUAAUAUCACUACAGUUUGCAGCCAAGAUGAAACUGGGUUCCAGUGCCGCUGUGAGGAUGACAACCUUUGGCCUUGUGACAAGUGUGCUACCUAUGGGGAAUGUGAUGGCAGUACAAACAACACAUGUCAGUGCAUCAAAGCUAUUCCCAGAGAUGGAAUGUACUGUCAGUCAAUACACCAUCAAAACUUUUCAGUGUGUCCUCGAACAACAAUUUCACCAUCAACGGCUCCUCCAGUUCUCUAUGAAUACAUAAUUUCUGUUGAGUUGAACACCACAGAUGUUACGCUAAUAAAUCAACUGAGGACCAUUCUUAGAGAAAUCAGUUACCCUUUCAGCAUCAACAACAACAUACAAAUCUCUGAGGCCAACAUUUCUACAGUUUGCUAUCCGAGCAGUGGUGGUUACCAGUGUUUAUGUGAGGAUCAGUAUCGUUGGCCAUGUGACCAGUGUUUCCUUUAUGGAUCCUGUGACAACAUCACUGAUGACACAUGUGGAUGUAUCAAUGCCAUUCCUCCUGAUGGACAAUACUGCCAACCUGCUGAUCAAUACAAUUUCACAGCUUGUCCUGUGACAACACCCUCUCCACCACCUACAACUCCUUCAGUUCUUUAUGAAUACAUCAUUUCUGUUGAGUUGAACACCACAGAUGUUACGGUAAUAAGUCAACUGAGGACUAUUCUGAGAAGAAUCAGUUACCCUUUCAGCAUCAACAACCACAUACAAAUAUCUGAGGCCAACAUUUCUACAGUUUGCUAUCCGAGCAGUGGUGGUUACCAGUGUUUAUGUGAGGAUCAGUAUCGUUGGCCAUGUGACCAGUGUUUCCUGUAUGGAUCCUGUGACAACAUCACUGAUGACACAUGUGGAUGUAUCAAUGCCAUUCCUCCUGAUGGACAAUACUGCCAGCCUGCUGAUCAAUACACUUGUCCUGUGACAACACCCUCUCCAACACCUACAACUCCUCCAGUUCUUUAUGAAUACAUAAUUUCUGUUGAGUUGAACACCACAAAUGUUACGCUAAUAAAUCAACUGAGGACCAUUUUGAGAAGCAUCAGUUACCCCUUCAGCAUCAACAACCACAUACAAAUCUCCCAGGCCAACAUUUCAACAGUUUGCUAUCCGAGCAGUGGUGGUUACCAGUGUUUAUGUGAGGAUCAGUAUCGUUGGCCAUGUGACCAGUGUUUCCUGUAUGGAUCCUGUGACAACAUCACUGAUGACACAUGUGGAUGUAUCAAUGCCAUUCCUCCUGAUGGACAAUACUGCCAGCCUGCUGAUCAAUACAACUUCACAGCUUGUCCUGUGACAACACCCUCUCCAACACCUACAACUCCUCCAGUUCUUUAUGAAUACAUAAUUUCUGUUGAGUUGAACACCACAAAUGUUCCGCUAAUAAAUCAACUGAGGACCAUUUUGAGAAGAAUCAGUUACCCCUUCAGCAUCAACAACCACAUACAAAUCUCUGAGGCCAACAUUUCUACAGUUUGCUAUCCGAGCAGUGGUGGUUACCAAUGUUUAUGUGAGGAUCAGUAUCGUUGGCCAUGUGACCAUUGUUUCCUGUAUGGAUCCUGUGACAACAUCACUGAUGACACAUGUGGAUGUAUCAAUGCCAUUCCUCCUGAUGGACAAUACUGCCAGCCUGCUGAUCAAUACAAUUUCACAGCUUGUCCUGUGACAACACCCUCUCCACCACCUACAACUCCUCCAGUUCUUUAUGAAUACAUAAUUUCUGUUGAGUUGAACACCACAAAUGUUCCGCUAAUAAAUCAACUGAGGACCAUUUUGAGAAGAAUCAGUUACCCCUUCAGCAUCAACAACCACAUACAAAUCUCUGAGGCCAACAUUUCUACAGUUUGCUAUCCGAGCAGUGGUGGUUACCAGUGUUUAUGUGAGGAUCAGUAUCGUUGGCCAUGUGACCAGUGUUUCCUGUAUGGAUCCUGUGACAACAUCACUGAUGACACAUGUGGAUGUAUCAAUGCCAUUCCUCCUGAUGGACAAUACUGCCAGCCUGCUGAUCAAUACAAUUUCACAGCUUGUCCUGUGACAACACCCUCUCCAACACCUACAACUCCUCCAGUUCUUUAUGAAUACAUCAUAUCUGUUGAGAUGAAUACCACAGAUGUUCCCUUAAUAAAUCAACUGAGGACCAUUCUGAGAAGCAUCAGUUACCCCUUCAGCAUCAACAACCACAUACAAAUCUCUGAGGCCAACAUUUCUACAGUUUGCUAUCCGAGCAGUGGUGGUUACCAAUGUUUAUGUGAGGAUCAGUAUCGUUGGCCAUGUGACCAUUGUUUCCUGUAUGGAUCCUGUGACAACAUCACUGAUGACACAUGUGGAUGUAUCAAUGCCAUUCCUCCUGAUGGACAAUACUGCCAGCCUGCUGAUCAAUACAAUUUCACAGCUUGUCCUGUGACAACACCCUCUCCAACACCUACAACCUCUGCAGCUCCUCCAGUUCUUUAUGAAUACAUCAUAUCUGUUGAGAUGAACACCACAGAUGUUACGUUAAUAAAUCAACUGAGGACCAUUCUGAGAAGCAUCAGUUACCCCUUCAGCAUCAACAACCACAUACAAAUCUAUGAUAUCAACAUUACUACAGUUUGUUACCCAAAUGGUACAACGUUCCAAUGCAGAUGUGAAGAACAGUACCGUUGGCCUUGUUAUAUGUGCUCCACUUUUGGCAACUGUGAUGAUGUAAUUGACAAUACUUGUGGAUGCAUCAAUGCCAUUCCUCCAGAUGGGGCUUAUUGCCAGCCACUGCCCGAUCUCUUCAUUUGCCCAUCGCCAAAUACUCCAAAUGACACAACACCUGUUUAUACGACAACAACACCCACAACUGCUGUGACCAACUUCACAGCUUUUCCUGUGACAACACCCUCUCCACCACCUACAACUCCUCCAGUUCUUUAUGAAUACAUCAUAUCUGUUGAGAUGAACACCACAGAUGUUACGCUGAUAAAUCAACUGAGGACCAUUUUGAGAAGCAUCAGUUACCCCUUCAGCAUCAUCAACCACAUACAAAUCUCUGAGGCCAACAUUUCUACAGUUUGCUAUCCGAGCAGUGGUGGUUACCAGUGUUUAUGUGAGGAUCAGUAUCGUUGGCCAUGUGACCAGUGUUUCCUGUAUGGAUCCUGUGACAACAUCAUUGAUGACACAUGUGGAUGUAUCAAUGCCAUUCCUCCUAAUGGACAAUACUGCCAGCCUGCUGAUCAAUACAAUUUCACAGCUUGUCCUGUGACAACACCCUCUCCACCCCCUACAACUCCUCCAGUUGUUUAUGAAUACAUAAUUUCUGUUGAGUUGAACACCACAGAUGUUACGUUAAUAAAUCAACUGAGGACCAUUCUGAGAAGCAUCAGUUACCCCUUCAGCAUCAACAACCACAUACAAAUCUCUGAGGCCAACAUUUCUACAGUUUGCUAUCCGAGCAGUGGUGGUUACCAGUGUUUAUGUGAGGAUCAGUAUCGUUGGCCAUGUGACCAGUGUUUCCUAUAUGGAUCCUGUGACAACAUCACUGAUGACACAUGUGGAUGUAUCAAUGCCAUUCCUCCUGAUGGACAAUACUGCCGGCCUGCUGAUCAAUACAAUCUCUUCAUUUGCCCAUCACCAACUACUCCAAAUGACACAACACCUGUUUAUACGACAACAGCACCCACAACUGCUGUGACCAACUCAACAACAGUUGCUACAACAGGCGAGAACACAACAACAGUUACUACAGCACCAACAACUGUAACAAAUUCAACACCUAUUGCUACAACACAUCCAAACACCACAACACCCACGAUGUCAUCAUCUGCAGUUACUAACUCAACAACAGAUACUACAGCACCAACAACUGUAACAAACUCGACAACAGUUGCUACAACAGGUGUGACAACAGUUACCACAACACCAACAACUGUAACAAAUUCAACACCUAUUGCUACAACACAUCCAAACACCACAACACCCACAUCAUCACCAACAUCUGCAGUUACCAACUCAACAACAGUUACUACAGCACCAACAACUGUAACAAACUUAACAAUAAUUGCUACAACAGGUGUGAACACAACAACACUUACUACAACACCAACAACUGUAACAAAUUCAACAGCUAUUGCUACAACACAUCCAAACACCACAACACCCACGAUGUCACCAACAUCUGCAGUUACUAACUCAACAACAGUUACUACAGCACCAACAACUGUAACAAAUUCAACACCUAUUGCUACAACACAUCCAAACACCACAACACCCACAUCAUCACCAACAUCUGCAGUUACCAACUCAACAACAGUUACUACAGCACCAACAACUGUAACAAACUUAACAAUAAUUGCUACAACAGGUGUGAACACAACAACACUAACUACUACACCAACAACUGUAACAAAUUCAACACCUAUUGCUACAACACAUCCAAACACCACAACACCCACGAUGUCACCAACAUCUGCAGUUACUAACUCAACAACAGUUACUACAGCACCAACAACUGUAACAAACUUAACAAUAAUUGCUACAACAGGUGUGAACACAACAACACUUACUACAACACCAACAACUGUAACAAAUUCAACAGCUAUUGCUACAACACAUCCAAACACCACAACACCCACGAUGUCACCAACAUCUGCAGUUACUAACUCAACAACAGUUACUACAGCACCAACAACUGUAACAAAUUCAACACCUAUUGCUACAACACAUCCAAACACCACAACACCCACAUCAUCACCAACAUCUGCAGUUACCAACUCAACAACAGUUACUACAGCACCAACAACUGUAACAAAUUCAACACCUAUUGCUACAACACAUCCAAACACCACAACACCCAUAUCAUCACCAAUAUCUGCAGUUACCAACUCAACAACAGUUACUACAGCACCAACAACUGUAACAAACUCAACAAUAGUUUCUACAACAGGUGUGAACACAACAACAGUUACUACAGCACCAACAACUGUAACAAAUUCAACACCUAUUGCUACAACACAUCCAAACACCACAACACCCACGAUGUCACCAACAUCUGCAGUUACUAACUCAACAACAGUUACUACAGCACCAACAACUGUAACAAAUUCAACACCUAUUGCUACAACACAUCCAAACACCACAACACCCACAUCAUCACCAACAUCUGCAGAUACCAACUCAACAACAGUUACUACAGCACCAACAACUGUAACAAAUUCAACACCUAUUGCUGCAACACAUCCAAACACCACAACACCCAUAUCAUUACCAAUAUCUGCAGUUACCAACUCAACAACAGUUACUACAGCACCAACAACUGUAACAAAUUCAACACCUAUUGCUACAACACAUCCAAACACCACAACACCCACAUCAUCACCAACAUCUGCAGUUAUCAACUCAACAAUAGUUUCUACAACAGGUGUGAACACAACAACAGUUACUACAGCACCAACAACUGUAACAAACUCAACAACAGUUACUACAGCACCAACAACUGUAACAAAUUCAACACCUAUUGCUACAACACAUCCAAACACCACAACACCCACAUCAUCACCAACAUCUGCAGAUACCAACUCAACAACAGUUACUACAGCACCAACAACUGUAACAAAUUCAACACCUAUUGCUACAACACAUCCAAACACCACAACACCCACAUCAUCACCAACAUCUGCAGUUACCAACUCAACAACAGUUUCUACAACAGGUGUGAACACAACAACAGUUACUACAGCACCAACAACUGUAACAAAUUCAACACCUAUUGCUACAACACAUCCAAACACCACAACACCCACGAUGUCACCAACAUCUGCAGUUACUAACUCAACAACAGUUACUACAGCACCAACAACUGUAACAAAUUCAACACCUAUUGCUACAACACAUCCAAACACCACAACACCCACAUCAUCACCAACAUCUGCAGAUACCAACUCAACAACAGUUACUACAGCACCAACAACUGUAACAAAUUCAACACCUAUUGCUACAACACAUCCAAACACCACAACACCCACGAUGUCACCAACAUCUGCAGUUACUAACUCAACAACAGUUACUACAGCACCAACAACUGUAACAAAUUCAACACCUAUUGCUACAACACAUCCAAACACCACAACACCCACAUCAUCACCAAUAUCUGCAGUUACCAACUCAACAACAGUUACUACAGCACCAACAACUGUAACAAAUUCAACACCUAUUGCUACAACACAUCCAAACACCACAACACCCACAUCAUCACCAACAUCUGCAGUUACCAACUCAACAACAGUUUCUACAACAGGUGUGAACACAACAACAGUUACUACAGCACCAACAACUGUAACAAAUUCAACACCUAUUGCUACAACACAUCCAAACACCACAACACCCACGAUGUCAUCAACAUCUGCAGUUACUAACUCAACAACAGUUACUACAGCACCAACAACUGUAACAAAUUCAACACCUAUUGCUACAACACAUCCAAACACCACAACACCCACAUCAUCACCAACAUCUGCAGAUACCAACUCAACAACAGUUACUACAGCACCAACAACUGUAACAAACUCAACAACAGUUACUACAGCACCAACAACUGUAACAAAUUCAACACCUAUUGCUACAACACAUCCAAACACCACAACACCCACAUCAUCACCAACAUCUGCGGUUACCAGUACGUUUUCAAAAGAUGGCGUAGCAUUCCAUAACUAG